AUGGCGUCUUCGGUAAGAGAAUUUUACAAAGAGAAAAAUGUGCUGCUCACUGGCGGUACGGGUUUCAUGGGGAAAGUACUCAUUGAGAAACUUUUGUAUUCAAUACCUGAUAUCGGUAAUAUCUAUGUUUUGAUGAGACCUAAACGUGGAAAGUCUGUUAAACAGCGUUUGGACGAGAUGUUACGUUUACAAUUAUACGACAGAAUCAGAAAUGAACGACCAGGUGUUCUUAAAAAGGUUAAGGCCUUACAAGGUGAUGUUCUGUUCGAUAACUUUGGAUUAUCUGACUCCGAUAUUGAGAACUUGUCAAAAGAGAUAUCUAUACUGUUCCAUUUCGCGGCAACAUUGAAGCUGGAAGCACCUCUGAAGGACAACGUAGACAUGAACACAUGCGGAACUCUGCGGACCGUGAACAUUGCUAAAAGACUUAAGAAUCUUUUAGCCUUCAUCCACCUUUCGACUGCAUUUUGCUAUCCGGAUUACGAAAUUUUAGAUGAGUAGAUGCAUGCACCUCCGGUGAAACCCGAAGAUGUCAUGAGUCUGGUUCAAUGGAUGGACGACAAACAGCUGGCCCUAAUCACACCGUCGCUAUUGGGCCCCCAUCCAAAUUGUUACACUUUCUCCAAGCGACUCGCCGAGAACAUUAUCGAGCAAGCCUUCGAUGAUCUUCCGGCUACUAUAGUGCGGCCGAGUAUAGUGUGCCCGGCGUAUUCAGAGCCCUUACCUGGCUGGGUGGACAGUCUCAAUGGUCCAGUGGGUUUGAUGUUGGGUGCUGGCAAAGGAGUUAUCCGUAGCAUGCUCUGCGAUGGCAGCCUUACUGCACAAGUCAUACCAGUUGAUACCGCUAUCAAUGCUAUCAUCGCCAUUGGAAUGUUGGAAGGAACAAGGACUGAGAAACCUUUAGUUAUUCCUAUUUACAACGCGAAUAUAGGCCAUCAAAAACCUACCACGUGGGGCGAAGUCUUGCAGAUCGGUAAGGACUAUGGACGAAAAUAUCCGUUGGCUUGGCCGCUUUGGUAUCCCAACGGAGACAUUACAACCAACGAAACAUUGCAUUAUUUCCGUCGUAUAUUUUAUCAUUUGGUACCAGCAUAUACUAUCGAUUUUCUACUGAUGCUACUUGGACAAAAACGUUUCAUGGUAAGGAUACAGAAUCGUAUCAGCCAGGGACUUGAAGUUCUGCAAUACUUCACUAUGAGACCCUGGGUAUUUCCUUGCCCGAACUUUGAUAAUAUACAAGAAAAGUUGGAAGGAGAAGAACGUAAGAUCUUCAACAUAGAUCUCACUGCUGUGGAUCGUGUGAAGUAUCUCGAAGACUGCGUAGAAGGUGGUCGAAUCUUUUGCUUCAAGGAAGAUCCAACGAAAAUACCAUACAAUAGAACGUACCAUAACUUCCUAUACUUUCUCGAUUGGAUUGUGAAGAUAUUGUUUUGGCUGUUCAUUCUAUCACUCUUAGCUGCAUGGUUCGAGCCCGUAAGGGACUUGUUUUCGAUCGGUGAACCAGUCGUAAAACACCUACCAUUUUUAGGUCGGGCUGUCUUCGAUAAAAGAAUGUAAACGAGUUAUCAAAACAAAAAACAUAUCUUGAAAAAACAUAUUAUGAAAGCAAAGCAAUCAAUAGAUAAGUAGUGGUAAAU